ACUGCUACUGUCCAAGACCUAUCCUUCAUACUGUCCGGUACUGGAAAACCAGGUAUUUUGCAUUUUAUUACCGCAGUUUUUGACACGCAUAUUCUGUCGUGGCAUACAAGUUUUUUCUGUCUAUUGAGGAGAACUGUGCCUUACGUGUUUACACUGUUCCAACGGAUUGGAUAUAUAACAAAGGUGCAUUACUUUUCAAAGCUAACCAAGUAAGGUUGGCUACCGUUUCCUUUCAAUUAACGAUUUAAGUUGUGCAAGCUAAGUUGAUAAAAUCGGUGUUCAUGCCGGAUUUCGAGCAUUUCAGAUUUUCUCAUAGAAGAAUGAAUCCUUUACUCGGGGAGAGCGUGUAUUCGCUCCAGCAUCAGCAACAGAAUCAGUUAUCAGGUCUAUCAGAGUCAUCGACUACAGGGCUGAUGCCCGACUCAUUUUACGGUGCACCUGACUCUAAUCUUUUCUUGGGCGAGUACCCUGGUGUAGGAUCGGACAGUUUCUCCGGUAUGCCGCCGACCGGACUCGCAUACUUACACCUCAACAACAGCCUCCAUCGCGCGCCACCACCCGCACCUGCCGCCAUGGCCUUGCGCAAUGACCUGGGGUCCAACAUAAGCGUCCUGAAGACGCUCAAUUUGCGUUUCCGUUGCUUCCUGGCAAAGGUUCAUGAGCUUGAGCGUCGAAACAAGGCUUUGGAGAAACAGCUACAGCAAGCGCUGGAUUCUCACAACGAUGGAGGCAUGGGGAGAAGGCCACUCACACGCGAUGUCGGCGUUCAGACGGGGUUUGUUGGGCCCAUACCGAUUAGGCCGGAUUUCAUCCCUCUCCAAAACGCAACCAACGCAGCUUAUUUGACCGGGAGCCUCCUGUCCCCUUCCCUGAACACAACAGACACUCUUGAGCCCAAUUUGAGUCCAACCCUGGGGAUUGUAAAUCCCUCCAUCCCAGACUCCAACUUCAACCUCACCUCCAACAUAACCAUUAGUCCAGCCACUCCAACUGACCCACCCAAGACCAUAUCCAACAUAAACGAGAGAUUUAUGAGUACUGGAACUACCACCUGCAACAACCCUCCACCCAGGUUCCUACCUGGAAACAUUUGGUCCUACAACCAUAUGCGCAGGCCGGGCCCAGGUAUCACCAAAGAGACUCGGACAGUGGGGCCUGGGGUGUCAUGGAGCCAGCCGGAUGGAGUAGGCGUCCAGGUUGACACCAUCACACCUGAGAUUCGUGCGCUGUACAACGUGUUGGCCAAAGUCAAGCGAGAGAGAGACGAAUAUAAACGCAGGUGGGAGGACGAGUACACGGUGAGAGUAGAUCUCCAGGAAAAGGUUGGGGAUCUGGAGGAGGACCUUCAGGAGAGUGAAGUGUGUCAGGAUGAGCUGGCCCUGAGAGUCAAACAGCUGAAGGCUGAACUGGUGCUCUUCAAAGGCCUGAUGAGUAGUGACCUCUCCGACCUGGACAGCAAGAUUCAGGAGAAGGCCAUGAAGGUGGACAUGGAUAUCUGCCGCCGGAUCGACAUCACAGCUCGCCUGUGCGACGUGGCUCAACAGAGGAACUGCGAGGACAUGAUCCAGAUCUUCCAGGUGGCCACUCCUCCAUCCACACUCCGUCGUCCAAGGAAGCAGGCACAAGUGGGCGAUGAGCCAAUCAGCCUCUCCGAGAGCGAGGAGGGCGGGAUCAAGGAAGUGGAGUCCUGCACAUCAACCAAUCAGAUCAAUGAGGAGAUGCAGAGGAUGCUCAAUCAGCUGCGGGAGUGUGAAUUUGAGGACGACUGUGACAGUCUGGCCUGGGAAGAGACCGAGGAAACCCUGCUACUGUGGGAGGAUUUCCCAGGAUGCACCUUGGCAAUGGACACCCAGGGCGAAGUGAUUUCUCAGCCAGAGGAAUCCAUUGAGAAAGUGAUCAACGACACGGAGUGCCUGUUUAAGUCCCGAGAGAAGGAGUACCAAGAGACCAUCGACCAGAUUGAGUUGGAUUUGGCCACUGCUAAGUCGGACAUGAACAGGCACCUGCACGAGUACAUGGAGAUGUGCAGCAUGAAGAGAGGCCUGGACGUGCAGAUGGAGACCUGCAGGAGACUCAUCACUCAGAGUGGAGACAGGAAGUCGCCUCUACAGAUAUCCGUGGCCACGGAGGAGGCCGACGGUGGUGAGAAUGAGAAGCCCAAGGCCUCACUGCCCGCUGACUCCGCCGGUGAUAACGACCAGGCCGGCACGACUGUCCAGGAUGUCGCCCGGAAGAAACCCUAACCUCAACCUUCAAGCCCAACCUCAAUCACUCCAUGCGUGUUUACAUGACCAGUGAUUUGGCUAGACCAGUGAUUUGGUGAAGGCCUCUGCUUCUAUGGUAACCUGAACCCCGUCCCUUUGUCUCAUUAAUAUCAAUGCUUCCCUCUGCUGGAUGAGGGUCGUACUGCCAAUAUUCAAAAAGAAAAAAAAAAUUCCAUGACACAAUGGCACUUUUGGUAAAUAUAAUACAUUGGGGCUAUUUGUAUUAGUAAAUAUAUGCCAGUUGAAAAAAUAUCAAAUACAAAAAAACCUAGCUUUUAAUCAAAAUUUCAAUUAUACUUUUGCUUGCACUUUAACUUAUUUUUGUUGUCCUAAAGUGCAACAUACAGCACUUUGAUACCAUGAUACAAUGGCACUUUUGGAAACAUAAUACAUUUGGGGCUAUUUUUACUUGGAAAUACACACCAGUGAGAAAAACAAAUACAAAAAGAUGUCCAGGGGAACAAAAUAAGAGCUUUUAAUCAAAAUUUAAAUUUUGUUUUAAAAUUUAGACUUUUGUUUUUGCCUUUUUAGCGUCCUAAAGCGGAACAUACAGCACUUUGACAGCUACUUGAUGACGACAAAUAUUUACGAAUCAAAAUAUUAAAGCCAGCAAGUACUUACAUUCAUUACAUCAUUACUUUGUUAUGCAUUAGUUAAUUAGUAUGAACCCCCAGGGCAACAAUGAGGGUUUUGUUUUUUUGUUUUGUUUCAAAAGCUUCUUGUUGUUAUUUUGGUUAUGCAAUAUCAUUGCUAAUAGAAAAGUGGGUAGUGGUGACCACUUAAAUAUCCCAGCGAGUAGAAUCGGCAUCACAUCAGAUGAUCAAAUACUUAGAUUAGAUUAAUUAUAAAAGUUAAAUUAAAUCUCUACAAAUUGUUGAAGUCAAAGCCAUGGCUCAAAAGAUGCUCUCUAAACUAACAAACACACACACACCUGUCACUAUAGGUAUCAUAAGUUUUGUCUUUUAGCCUUUUAAUGUCCAGAAGCUCCAUUUAAGAGGCCUUACGGAACAAGUACACAUUAUUACAUUCCUUCAUCAGAAGACCCCAUUUCUUAGGCACUGUAGAAUCCACAGCAGAUUAUAUAAAUAAGUAGGUAUUGUUCUCAGAAAAUUCAUACCUCAGCUCAGUCUUUAGUUGUAGUAUUAGAGUAGAGAGAUACAAUAGUAGAUACAGAGCAUACUGUAGAUACAACUGUAGUAAAGACCACAACUGAAUUCUGCUAGGCUGCCAUCAUCCGCUGAUACUUAGUAGUGAGUUAGGUUCAGCUGGUCCCUAUCAGUCAUCCCACGCCAGGUCCAAUGUAUGGCAAUGGCAGUCUGAUGUCAAACGUACAUCCAAUGUAAUUCAAGACUAUGCAUUAGUGUAGUAGGGUAUAAUUAGAUCUUUAAAUAAAGUCUUUAUUUAUCUUAUUUUAAAACGAAAAACCUGACACGAAGAACAAGCAAAUUGCGUUCUCUCUGCUUUUUGAAAAUAUCUUGGCCUUGGUUUGCCUUUCUAGAAGCAUUAGAAGCACACACACAGAGACACACACACACACACACUGUUUAUAUCCUGAUUGUCAGCAUAUAUGGGGUCUGAAUGAUUAGGAAUGAUUUUGCCAUUGAGCCCAGUGGUAGUGCCAGCUUAUUCAGCUUUAAUUUAGCUAACAGUGUGGCCAUUAUAAAAGCCUCCCUAGACCAAUGUACAGCAGUUUUGACCAGCACAGUCACCCCCAGAGCAAAGAUGAGGGGGGUUUGUGUGUUUUAAAACAUUCUUCUUGUUAUUUUGUUUUUCAUUUUAUAACAGCUUUGAAUCAUUGUGUGUUGCUGAAUUACUAUAACUUUAUUUUGCCUCUAAGAGAUCUUUGAAUGAAGUAUGUAUACAACUUGACAUAAAUAAUUCUGUAUUAUUUAACUGAUAACAAAAUAUAUCUACAUGUUUGUCUGCAAAUGAGUGUUCAAGAGAUGGUGAGGAAAAUAAAUACUCUAAACUCACAACAAAAGAAAGACAUUUGAAUGAGCAAGAAAAAAAAUAUACGGGCCUCUGCCCUCUGUAUGUCUGCAGUAAGACAGGUACAUGACAAAUAAUAAAUAAAAGCUUUGUUAGAAUUAUGACUUUUUAACUUUCCAACUGGCUUUCUAAGACUCCAGAGUACUCAUGACAUCUCCAGCAGUAACAGUUUUGAAACACUGAUCUUUGAUCAGUCUGUUAAGUCUUUUAGCAGAAUCCUCACGGUAUGUACCAUACAGAUUCCAGGUCAGUGAUUACAGCCCAACUGUCGAGUACCCAUAGCCUGUCUAGCGCCUACGACUUCUCAAUGAGACGUGGUCUAGCAACCAAACGUUCAUUUUCUCGUAUUUGAAAAAAAAAUACCCAGGUCCGUUCUUUGGGCACCACGGAUGUCUAUCAAAUGCGUAUGUGCAUCACUCAUCAUCGUCUCGCAAAAAUUAGGGCGGCAGUUUGCAGGCUGCCUUAGCAGCAUGAAUCAAACCGCGCGCAAGGCAGCAUGGGAACACCCAGGCUAGAGCACCAGUGCAUUGACAAACGUUGAAGCUGCUGGAGAUGUUGUGAAUAGCACAUACUGUAUAUAUAUAACAACUAUGAGAGAUUAACUUCAGAUUAAGACUUCAUCAUGAUACCAUAACCAACCACACAGCUACUAUUCCUCAUCCCUCCAUAAUGUAUAAUAAUGCAGCCUUUAAACUCUCCCUCUCUCUCUCUCUCUCUCUCUCAAAAUAUGUAACUGUAAUUGAACAUUCAGACUUUACUUGUAUUUAAACUCAGAAAUUAAACAUGAUGGGAUUGCAGUUGUGUGUAAAAAGGAACAAAAAAGAGAAACAGUUAUACUGUAUGUGUGUUUAGUCUGAAAGACUCGAGCUGAUAAUGAAUGUCUGCCAAAAUAUGCUUGUGCUGGAACAUAUCAACCAGACCAGUUCAUCUGGACCUGUCUUAACGUGUGGGUAUACUGAAGACAUAAGCCUUAUGUUCAGAGCCCUCAAGGAGGCUUGGAGUAAGGAGUGGGAUGUGUUCAUGAAUGAGAACAAUUCAGAGCAAAUAAGAGCACUGAGAGACAACUCAGUGGUUUUCCUUGGAUAGAGGUUGAGGAGCUGAUGUUGAUUGCUUGUUUUUGUUCUGUGUUGAAAAUAAAUGGUUUUAUCGAA